AAAAGAUAUGGCUGCCAGACCGAAGGACCAACAGUGAGAGAGAUAUUCUAGAGAGAGAGCGACAAAAAAGAUGGAGAAUAAGAUUUCUUCAACAAGGACGAGAAGUCAUCAUCUUCACACUUUUUUCCUCCAAUCUCUCCUCACACCAACACCUAUUCCAACCAAUGGAAUCCUUUUUUUGCUUAGCCAAAACGACAAUAUCAUCAACUACAACACUUCUACCAACACCAUCCGCUCCCCUAACAAUUAUUGCUCCCACCAUCCAUUUUCCCCAUUUCUCUUGACCCAAAGGCAAAAUUUUCCCGUGAUUUUAUUUUCUCCGAUCGGCGGAAAUCCUGGGUUUCUAAAUCCUGAUUUUGGAAGAUGUUGGGUAAUGUUAAAUUCUCUGGUUCCACGGAGGAUGAUAGAACCCAGCUUGAUAACGCGAGGUUAACUGAGCUUCAGUUCAUUAAACAAGUUCCAAUCCAGUCUGGCAUUGCCAUUGCCACUGGAAACUAUGCGGCAAACAAGCAGCCACCUAAUGCUAGUCGCCCUAUCAAACGACUAAGGGAAGGUGAACUCGUAAACGCACCCCAAAAGUUUCGGGUUUAUCUGAAUCAUAAUGAUAAUCAAGACAAACACGGCCAUAUUGGAGCUCCUCCAAAUCCAAAUCUCGUGUCAACUGGGCUUAAACUUUUUUCUGAGAAAAAAGAGCUUAGUUCCUCUGUUAGUUCUACAUACGAAAAUAUAAGAAAUACCCUUCCAGGUGUUCUUUCACUUGGUAAUACUAUUACAAUGCAGAUAGAUCGGCAGACGGAAGAAUUCUGCCAAUACAUCAAACAACAGGAAGAGAAUAUCUUGAAAGGCGGACGCGACUUAAAUCAGAGGCAAAUGAUUUCCCUGUUCAAUGCCUUGGAAAAGGUUGCCGGCAAGAAACUGCACGAGAAGGAGGUUCAAAUAGACAACAUUAACCGCAAGAACAAAGAGUUGGAGGAUAGAAUAAAGCAAGUCACCAUAGAGGCACAUUCGUGGCACAGCAAAGCAAAGUACAACGAGUCGAUCGCCAAUGUAUUGAAAAACCAUAUUCAUCAGCUCAUGGCACAAGGCACGGCAGCCCAUAAUCGUGAAGGCUUUGGGGAUAAUGAGGUGGAUGAUGCCACCUCUUGCAUGAAUCCUCCGGAGACUAUUGGUGGCUGUGGCGAAAAAUGGGAAUCAGAAAAUAAACGGCUAAAAUGCAGAGCUUGCAAGAGUAAACAGGUCAGCUUUUUGUUGUUCCCUUGCCGACACUUGUGCCUGUGCAUGGACUGUGAGGGGCUCGUGGAUGUUUGCCCCGUGUGCCAGGUGAUGAAAACUUCUAGUUUUCUUGUGUACAUGUGAUGAUGUGAAUACGCCUGAGACAUUUUUUUUUUUUUCUCCCCUUUCUUUUGACCAUUUGUGUUUCUUGAAUGGAAUAAUGUGUAAUUUUAUCAUGAAUUGUUUGUGGAUAAAUUAUUGAUCUUUGUGUGGAAUGGAGUUGAUUUGUUCA